AUGAGCGAGUCCAGCCGGCGGGUCAGUGACCACAAAAAUUACACCGGCUGCAAACGGCCUCGAAACGGGGGCAAUAAAGUGACAGUGGUCCUCGGUGCUCAGUGGGGGGAUGAGGGCAAGGGGAAGCUGGUCGACCUCCUGGCUACCGAUGCUGACUUUGUGUGCAGGUGUCAGGGUGGAAACAAUGCUGGCCACACAGUUGUCGCAGAUGGAAAAGAAUAUGAUUUUCACCUUUUUCCAAGUGGCAUUAUAAACCCAAAAGCUAUUUCCUUUAUUGGGAAUGGUGUUGUAAUACAUUUGCCUGGCUUGUUUGAAGAAGCUGAUAAAAAUGAAAAGAAAGGAUUAAAAGAGUGGGAGAAGAGGCUGAUCAUUUCAGACAGAGCACACUUGGUGUUUGAUUUUCAUCAAGCUGUUGAUGGACUUCAAGAAAUCCAGCGUCAAGAGCAAGAGGGGAAAAAUAUUGGCACUACAAAGAAAGGGAUAGGACCAACAUACUCUUCUAAAGCAGCACGAACUGGUCUCAGAGUCUGUGACCUUUUGGCUGACUUCAGCAACUUCAGUUCCAGGUUUAAGCUUCUGGCUCAACAAUAUCAGUCCAUGUUUCCAAGUCUGAAAAUAGACAUCGAAGGACAACUUAAAAAAUUAAAGGAAUAUGCUGAACGAAUAAGGCCAAUGGUGAAAGAUGGUGUUUAUUUUAUGCAUGAGGCUCUCCAUGGUCCAGUGAAAAAAAUUCUUGUGGAAGGUGCCAAUGCAGCAUUACUUGACAUAGAUUUUGGAACUUAUCCAUUUGUGACAUCAUCCAAUUGCACUGCUGGAAGUGUAUGCACAGGGUUGGGUAUUCCUCCAUCGAACAUUGGAGCUGUAUAUGGUGUUGUCAAAGCCUAUACCACUAGAGUCGGUAUUGGUGCUUUUCCAACUGAACUAACAAAUGAAAUCGGUGAACUACUACAAUCUCGAGGCCAUGAAGUGGGUGUAACUACAGGCAGGAAGAGACGCUGUGGCUGGUUAGAUCUAGUCAUAUUGAAAUAUGCCAAUAUGAUCAAUGGAUUUACUGCGUUGGCAUUAAUGAAGCUGGAUAUCCUGGAGGUCCUUGAUGAGAUUAAAAUCGGUUUAGCUUACAAACUGAAUGGAAAAAGAAUCCCUUAUUUUCCAGCAAACCAGGAAAUCCUAAACCAAGUUGAGGUUGAGUAUGAGACACUUCCAGGCUGGAAGAGCAGCAUUACCAAUGCUCGGACAUGGGAUGAUCUCCCACCAAAGGCUCAAAACUACAUCAGAUUUAUUGAAAAUCAUGUGGCAGUCCCAAUUAAAUGGAUUGGUGUUGGAAAAUCGAGGGAGUCUAUGAUCCAACUUUUCUAAACACUGGAUAGAACUGGAUAGGAUUGAAUAAUUUGAACAAAUAACCCUGAUCCUGUUUUCCUACAUAAAUUCAAGAUUGAUGUUCAAAUAUUAUUAUUCCUGAUAUUGUAUGAAGCAUAAUUAAUUUACAAUUUAAGUUCUACAGAUAAACAGUAAUGAAGGUCAUUAACUGUAAGCAUGGAACACCUAAGCAUCACCAUAUUCUUAUCGUUCAUGUUCAUAUUACUAAAACGUAAAAAAUUACACAUUAUACAACACUCGUCUGUCAUUUCCAUUGAAUGAGAGUGAUGUAAUACUUGUGGAUGGAUACUACUUUGAAUGGACAAAAGUUUAGAGUAAGAUUAAUUAACUAACAUGGUAUAAAAAAAAAUGCAUGAGGAUCUGCAAUGUUGGAACUAUGUCCCGUUUGUAUUAUCUGCCAUGAUUUAUUCAGAAGACCCUCAUGAGUUAUCUGGUCCACUCACUCAUGGGAUGUAAAUCAUAUCCCACAGCUCCGGGUGCUUUUUUAAAAAGUAUGUACAACGUGCAUUUGUUUUCUAGUGUAUUUCACUACAAAAAGGAAGUGCUUUUAUUUUUAAUAGCUUCAGAAUUUUUUGCAAUAGGUAAACUCAUGAUUUAAAUCCAAAUGUAAAAUAUUUAUCUACUGAAAAAUCACAAUGUAUAGGGUUAAGUGUGAACUUCUGUAUUUAUUAGACAUUAACAAUAGACAAAAAAAAUGUUUCUCCAAAUGCCUUUUCGAGCCUGUUGAACUUUGUGAAAUAGAGACUAUGCUGUUUAUUUCCAAGUGCCCUGUAAAAUGUAUUCAACACAGUUAGUAAUGCAUGACUUGGGGUUAUAUAACUCGAUGAAUCAAGUUUCACUUGAUUGUUAAUUAUAACUUACAUCAGGAUUCAUGUUGUAUGAUGAAUCAUAUUCUGUCUUCCAGCGAUAAGUGUCAGGUUGCCCAUAUACAUCUUUAAUGACUUUUUUAGAUGUCUCUCUUGCUGCUUGCAGAUUAUUAUAAGGGUCAACUUUACACUUUAGUUCUUCAAUAGUUCUUGCAUAUUCAUUACUGUAAUUUUUAGUAAAUAGCUAAUUAUUAAUGCACAAAA